AUGAAAGAAGGCGAGCCCCUUCACUUGAAAACUUCGGUGACUGGCAGUAAUGGUGUCGUUCAGGCUUUACUCACAGACUUGUAUCAGAUCACCAUGGCAUAUGCAUACUGGAAAAGCGAGAAAAUGAAUGAUGCUUCUGUCUUUGAUCUGUACUUCCGCAAGAACCCGUUUAGCGGAGAGUUUACCAUCUUUGCUGGUCUUGAGGAGUGUCUUAAAUUGAUGCAGAGCUUUCAUUUUUCGGACAGUGAUGUUGAGUACUUGAAGACUGCUAUGCCACAGACCACAGACCCAGCAUUUUUUAUUUAUUUGAAAAAUAUAUCAGCAAGGGACGUCACUCUGACUGCAGUCCCAGAAGGAGAAGUUGUCUUUCCUAAAAUUCCCCUGCUGACUGUUUCUGGACCACUUGCUGUGGUUCAGCUCUUGGAGACGCCUCUCCUGAAUUUAGUUAAUUAUGCAAGCUUGGUGGCCACAAAUGCAGCUCGAUUUAGGAUAGCAGCAGGACCAAACACAGUGUUGCUAGAAUUUGGUUUACGUAGAGCCCAAGGACCUGAUGGAGGUUUAUCUGCUUCUAGAUACUGUUACCUCGGAGGGUUUGAUGGCACCAGUAAUGUUCUCGCUGGGAAGAUGUUUGGCAUUCCUGUUAGGGGGACUCACGCACAUGCUUUCAUUACUUCAUUUAUCAAUCUACAAGAUGUUAAGUUUAGGACACUGGUAUCUGCUGAUGGCUCUAGAGAGGAAGAUUUUGUGAGUUUGUGUCUGAAAUACCAACAGCAGUUGCCAUCUGUAAUAGAUUUCUUGCCGGACCAAGUAAUGGAGGGGGAGCUGGCAGCAUUUAUCUCAUUUGCACUUGCAUUCCCAGAUGGAUUUUUGGCACUGAUUGAUACUUAUGAUGUUAUCAGGAGCGGCCUUCCAAACUUCUGCACUGUAGCCAUGGCACUGAAUGAAUUGGGUUACCAAGCACAGGGCAUACGAUUGGACAGUGGUGACCUGUCAUAUCUGUCAAAGGUCGUCAAGGGAAAGUUCAUCACCAUGGCAGCUAAGUUUGACCUGCCUUGGUUUGAAAACCUGACCAUUGUAGCCAGCAAUGAUAUUAAUGAAGACACAAUACAUUCGCUUAACCAGCAGGGUCACACAAUCAACUGUUAUGGCAUAGGGACACAUCUUGUGACGUGUCAGAAGCAGCCAGCCCUAGGCUGUGUGUUCAAGCUGGUAGAGAUCAACACAAAGGCGAGGAUCAAACUCAGUGAAGAUGUGGAGAAGGUGACUAUACCUGGCAGGAAGAAAGUGUAUCGGUUGUACGGAGCUGACGGCACAGCUCUUGUGGACCUUCUACAAGACGCCUCAGAACCCGCACCUCAAGUUGGACAACGUGUUUUAUGUAGGCAUCCAAUUCAGGAAUCUAAAAGAGCUUAUGUGAUACCUGCAGCUGUCAAGUCCUUGCAUAUAACAUGGUGGAAACAAGGAAAGGUAAUUGAGCAUUUACCAACCCUGACAGAACUGAGAGAAAGAACAAAGAAAUCUUUAAGCACUCUGAGACCUGACCACAAGAGGGCGCUGAAUCCAACUCCAUAUAAGGUCUCAGUCAGUUCAGAUUUGUACACCUACAUUCACGAGUUGUGGCUGGAGAGUGCGCCUAUAGGAGAACUGUCUUAG